AUGAAGCCCGAAUUCUUCUCGGUGCUUGGCGCCCUCGCUACUCUCUCAGGCCAGACCAUCGUUGCCCCCGAAGCCGGUCUGGCCGGCCCCUCGUUCCCGGCGCCAUCCGUUCUCCGUGGCAGCAAGGCUCUCACAUCGGCCAUCACCGACUUUGACGGCUUGGUCGCCGACUCGCCCAUCGUGCAGGCCAACGAGACAGCGUGGGCUGUAGCCGUCUUCUCGACACACGACGACGAGCCUCUGUACGAGCGCUACUUUACUCCAGAGUACGAUGUCGGCGUUCCCGAGGUCGAUCGCAGUUCCGUCUUCCGCAUUGCUAGUGUGUCCAAGGUGUUUAGUGUCUGGACGUUCCUGGCGGAAGUUGGCGAUGAGCGUUUCAACGAUCCUAUAACCAAGUAUGUGCCCGAGCUGGUCUCCGCUCAAAACAACUGCGCGUCGUCCAAGACAGUAUAUGACGACAUCGAUCAUGUUCGUUGGCAUGAGGUGACCCUUGGUCAGCUGGCGAGUCACUUGGCGGGCAUUCCCCGUGACCCGGCUCAGGGGGACAUGUCGGCCGAGCUCGCCCCGGAGCAGGCAAUGGCGCUCGGCUUCCCGACGCUUCCCGACAGCGAUAUUCCGACCUGCGGCGUGACCGGACUCCUGAGGGCCUGCACCCGCAAAGAAAUGAUCUCACUGCUUCUCAAGCAGCAUCCCAUCUUCUCGACCGGCCACGCCCCCGCGUACAGCAACGUCGCCUACGCCCUCCUUGGCUUCGCGCAGGAAGCCAUCACCGGUACACCCGUCAGCAACGCCAUCACAACCAACAUCCUCGCCGCCCUCAACAUGACAUCGAGUAGCUUCGAGACUGCACCAGCAUCGGGCGGUGUGAUCCCGGGCGACGCGUCGGCCGUGGGCUGGGACUGGGACUUGGGGACAAUCAACCCGGCCGGCUCCAUGUACUGCUCGACAGGCGACAUGGUCAAGGCUGGACAGGCCAUCCUGGGAUCCAAGACAACGACACCGGCCCAGACGCGCCGCUGGCUGAAGCCAAUGAGCCAGACAGGUGUGCUGGGGUCUGCCGUCGGGGCGCCCUGGGAGAUUCGGCAUCUGAACGUCGGAGGCCGUCUCUCGCAGCUCUACACGAAGCAAGGCGACACGGGCGGCUACCGUGCUGCCUUUGUGCUUUCACCCGAGCACGACCUUGGUGCGGUCAUAUUCUCCGCCGGUCCGCUCGCGUCGAACUCGGCGGCCGUGCGGGAGACGCUGAUGAACGCUGUUGGCAAAGUGUUCCUUCCCAUGGCUGAAGAGCAAGCCCGUAUCGAGGCGCGCGAAAACUUUGCUGGGGUGUACACCGACGAAGCGACUAAUAGUUCCCUAACGAUUCAUGUGGACGAGAUCACGACCGGGCUGCAAGUGUCCGGCUUUACCAGCCGCGGUGUCGAAAUCAUCGGUCCCCAGAGUCCCUUUAUCCCAAUCUAUGGCGCGGGUCAGUCCGCCCGUCUCUUCCCCUCCACUUUGCGGACUGUACGGACGACGGAGGAUGGAACUGGAACGUACACCUCCAGACUGGGGUUCCGAGCGAGCUUUUUCAAUGUGACAGGGGGCGCAAGCGACGUCCAGGAUCCGGGGCUGAUGCAGUGGACUUCGCUAGGUGCGCCCGCGUAUGGAGAGCGGACGCUGGAUGACUGGGUGGUAGAAAUGGGGGAGGAUGGGAGAGCGAGGGCGGUGGAUGUGAGGAUGAUGAGGCUGAAGUUGGGGCGUGAGGGUGCUUGA